CGGCUCUUCACGCUCGCGGUGCACGGUCCCCGCGAAGAACGGCGCGCCGUGAACCGUGCACCGUGAAGUGAACUUUCGCGGGUCACGACAAAGAUCUCGUCUCGCGCCCCCAGCAUGUUUCAGCGACUCGCCAUGAUGGUGUCGGCCUCUGGAGGUUCGAGGAGGCGAAGAAGCAGCGACCGCCAGGGCGGAUCUGCCCCGGGAGCUGCUGCGUCAUCUCCCGACUCAUCUGAGUCAGUCGCCCCAUGUGAGCCGCAGCUGCAGAGCCUCACAUGCGGUAGUGAGGAGGGAGAUCUGGUGCUGAAGGAGGCUGCGGGAUGCAUCGACGACCUGAGGGAGAUGGCCAAGACGGCGAUGGGCGAGAUGGAGCAGCUGGGGGAGGAGAUCAAGCAGCUGUUCGUCGCAAAUGGCGGCAGUCUGCAGCCGCGGCAGACAGAGGACCGCCUUCGGCUCAAUGUGGGCGGCACUGUUAUGUCAAUCCCCGUGUCGGCGCUUCUCCAUCCCAAGAUGAAGCAGACGUACCUCGCGACGCUGCUGCUGCACUUCAUCGACGCCCUGCCCAAGGAUGCCAAUCAGCUGCCAUUCCUCGAGAUGCAUCCGGCCUACUUCCGCUGGCUGCGUGACCAGCUGGCACUGCUCGAGAGCCCCCACCUCGACGAGAUCAGCCUGCACUCACCGGAGGCCGACGAUCCCUCUUAUGCCGAGUAG